ACAAAAUCUCCUACCUCCCGGUCCUCUGAAGAGACACCCUGUGGCGCCGAAAGCCUCGGGAGCGAGCGCUUUUGCGGCCGCGUCCCUGAUCCCCGCAGCGUCCAGGGCCGAGCUGGUGAGGCUUCGCGGGUCUGCAGCCUCUGUCCCGGGGAGGCACGGCUGGGAGCAGUGAGGAGGGCCAGCUUCCAAAUGAUGCGUCGAAAGUUUCCCCACUUUGUUUAAAAUAUAUUUCUGCAAGUUCUGGAGUUCUGGCUGUGUGGUGAGUGCUUCUGGAUCCCUCUUCUGCCUUUUGCUCCUCUAGAAGAAUAUAGAGGCAUGCACUCAAACCUACUCAACUGGCUGCCUCCUAAAGGGGCAGUACUUAAUUUAAGAGAGAAGUCAGUUUUUCAGAGUUAAAGUCAUAUCAACCUCUAGGAGCCCCCAGCUUCUGGUACCACAGGGACACACCAAAAUCCUGAGGGCAGGAGAUUGUGCUCAGAGGAGACGACACACCUGUGAAGCCUCUCAGUAGAGGUUCUGGCAGUUUUCCUCACCAGAAGUGGACAAGCCCAGUUGGGUGGGCAUCGUCAUGCUUCAGCAGCUCCUGAUCACCCUACCCACGGAGGCCAGCACCUGGGUGAAGUUGCGCCAUCCAAAGAAGGCCAAGGAGGGGGCGCCCCUGUGGGAGGACGUGACUAAGAUGUUUGAAGGAGAAGUGCGGCUCUCUCAGGAUGUUGAUGAGACCCAGGAAGAAAGUUUGAAGGAUGAAGUCACGUCUGGGUCCCCAGCAGCAGAAUCCCAGGGACUGUUGACCUUCAAGGACAUAUCUGUGGACUUCACCCAGGAGGAGUGGGGGCAGCUGGCCCCUGCUCACCGGAAUCUAUACCGGGAGGUGAUGCUGGAGAACUAUGGGAACCUGGUCUCAGUGGCAGGAUACCAACUUUCCAAACCUAGUGUGAUAUCCCAGUUGGAGAAAGGACAAGAACCAUGGAUGACAGAGAAAGAAGGCCCAGGAGAUCCCAGUUCAGACUUGAAGAAUAAAACAGAAACCAAUGGAUCAACUGCAAAGAAUGACAUUUUACAGGAACAGUUAUAUCAUGGCAUUAUGAUGGAAGGGUUCCUGAGAGAUGAUGUCAUUUAUUCCACACUGAGAAAAGUCUCUAAAUAUGAUGGUGACUUAGAAAGGCACCAGGAAACCCAUGGGAAAGAUGUAAGACAAGCCAUCCUGACCCACAAGAAGAGUGGCCAAGAAACUAACAAAUUUGGGGAAAAUAUUGUCAGUUCAAAUGUUGUUAUAGAGCAGAGGCACCAUAAAUGUGAUACAUCUAGAAAGAGGAGCAAAUACAAAUUAGACUUGAUUAAUCAUCCAAGUUACAUAAGAACAAAAACCUAUGAAUGUAAUAUAUGUGAAAAAAACUUCAAACAACCCAUUCAUCUCACUGAACACAUGAGAAUUCAUACUGGUGAAAAGCCUUUCAGGUGUAAGGAAUGUGGAAGGGCCUUUAGUCAAAGCGCAUCCCUGACUACACACCAGAGGAUCCAUACCGGCGAGAAACCCUUUGAAUGUGAAGAAUGUGGCAAAGCCUUCAGACAUCGCUCAUCUCUUAAUCAGCAUCACAGAACUCACACUGGAGAGAAACCCUACGUAUGCGAUAAAUGUCAGAAAGCUUUCAGCCAGAACAUUAGCUUGAUCCAACAUCUGAGAACUCAUUCUGGGGAGAAACCCUUUACGUGCAAUGAAUGUGGGAAAACCUUCCGACAAAUUAGACACCUUAGUGAACAUAUAAGAAUUCACACUGGGGAGAAGCCCUAUGCAUGCACUGCGUGUUGUAAAACCUUUAGUCACAGAGCAUAUCUAACACAUCACCAGAGGAUCCAUACUGGGGAGAGACCCUACAAAUGUAAGGAAUGUGGGAAAGCCUUUAGGCAGAGGAUACACCUUAGCAACCAUAAAACUGUUCAUACAGGAGUGAAAGCAUAUGAAUGCAACCGCUGUGGAAAAGCCUACCGGCAUGAUUCAUCCUUUAAGAAACAUCAGAGACACCACACUGGAGAAAAACCUUAUGAAUGUAAUGAAUGCGGAAAAGCCUUCAGCUAUAAUUCGUCACUUAGUCGACACCAUGAGAUACACAGGAGGAAUGCCUUUCAGAAUAAUAUGUGAAAGUAGAUUAUUCAACACGAGAACAAAAGCCAGCUCUAGAUCAGUGAUUUGUUUUUAAAUUCCAGGAUUUUAAAUUUGAGGAAUUGAUAUCACGAUGCCAGCUUUUAAUCUUGCCCAAUAUGUAAAUAAACAGUGCAUUGAUAACUACUAUCCACUAACACCUCCGUACAAAGUACUCAGUCAAGAAUAAAGGAUGGUCCUUCAAAUUAAAUUCAGCAUAAUGGAAAGUGCACA